GAGGCCUCUGAGAAUUAACCCCUUGACACCCGCGCGGCUGUCCCCAGCGGAGCCUCAGCGAGGGACCUGCCAGCAGCCCCCGCUGCCGGUUGCUGAGGUGAAUGCGGGACUCUUACCAGGAGAGCGCUCUGCGACAAGGCACACCCUGAAGAGUUGAAAUUCCGGAGGAAGCAAUUGGCUGGGACAACAGCCUCUAUUUCCUGCCUGCCUCCACUGAGCAACCUUUUCAGACUCUGGACCCACAAUGUCGGGUGAGGCCACAGUUGUGGCCUACCAUGCUCCGAAAGAACUAGAUGGAUUUAGAAUUGUGAAGGUGGAAGAAGAGAAAUAUGUUUGGGAACAAGACUUUGGUGUUCAAGGAAACUGCUGGAGCCAGGAUACCUUCCGCCAGCACUUCAGGCAGUUCGCUUACUCCGACUCCACAGGGCCCCGGGAGGCUCUGGGCCGGCUCCGCGAGCUCUGCCAGCGCUGGCUGAGGCCCGAGGUGCACACCAAGCAGCAGAUCCUGGAGCUGCUGGUGCUGGAGCAGUUCCUGGCCAUCCUGCCGGAGGAGCUGCAGAGCUGGGUGCACGAGCGUCAGCCAGCCAGUGGAGAGGAGGCCGUGACCCUGCUGGAGGAGCUGGAGAAAGAACUGGACGAGCCGAGGCAGCAGGAUGCAGCUUGUGGCCAGGAAAUGGCCUGGAAGGAAGUGAUAUCCCUGGGAGCACUGAAGCCUCUGGGUAGCCCACAGCAGGCCCUGGACAGCGGGGAGCCCCAGGCUGGCCGAGCCAGAGAUGACGAGAUGGUGGUUGACAAAGUGUUGCCAACACAACGAGAAACUGUUGAAUGUGUAGCAUCAGCAGCUGUGACAUCUUUAGAAAGACUUCCUGGGGAAACUUCAGGGCAGAUUGGAGAGGAAGUUUUGGGAAAUGCUGCAAGGAGCAAGAUGAGUUCAUUCACCUCUCAGGAACAACAAAUCAGCCUGGAAACUUUCUAUCAGAAAAUCCCCAUGGAGCAGAGCAUCACUGAGAAUAAUAAGAGUAAAGGGAAUCUCAGUCUGAACUCAAACAGACACCCGAGGACUCACACUGGGGAGAAGCUCUAUGCAUGCUUUGAAUGUGGGAAAGCCUUUGGCCAGAGCUCAAAGCUGAUCAGACAUCAGAGAAUUCAUACUGGAGAGAGACCUUAUGCAUGUAAAGAAUGUGGCAAAGCCUUCAGUUUGAGCUCAGAUCUUGUUAGACAUCAAAGAAUCCACAGUGGUGAGAAACCCUAUAAAUGUUGUGAGUGUGGAAGAGCUUUCAGGGGCAGCUCAGAGCUCGUUCGGCACCGGAGAAUUCACACGGGAGAGAAACCUUAUGAAUGUAGUGAAUGUGGAAGAGCUUUCAGCCGGAACUCGGCCCUUAUUCAGCAUAAGAAGACUCACACUGGGGACAAAGGCUAUGAGUGUUUUGAAUGUGGUAAGGCUUUUGGUAGGAGCUCUAUCCUUAUUGAGCAUCAGCGAAUUCACACUGGAGAAAAACCUUAUGAAUGUAAUGAAUGUGGCAAGUGCUUCAAUCAGAGCUCAGCUCUCACGCAGCACCAGAGAAUCCACACUGGGGAGAAGCCUUAUGAAUGCACUGAGUGCAUGAAAACAUUCAGGCAUAGGUCAGGCCUUAUGCAGCAUCAGAGAACACACACCCGAGUUUAA